UGAGUUAGUUUCCUUGAAAUACGUUGAAGGUGCAUUUGGAGUACAUACAACAUGGCGAUAUCAAUAGCCGUUCUGGAUUGCGACCUACUGUUGCAUGGUCGGGGCCACAAGACCCUGGACCGCUUCAAUCUGGACUCGGUGUCUGACGAAUUCCUCCUCGCACAAUUUGGCUUCCCCAGACACUUUAUCCUGUAUUUGGUGGAGUUGCUCAAAGAGUGCCUGUGUAGACCCACACAGAGGUCCAGAGCCAUCAGUCCCGAGGUCCAGAUUCUGGCUGCUUUGGGCUUCUAUACAUCAGGUUCUUUUCAAACAUCCAUGGGCGAUACCAUCGGAAUCAGCCAGGCGUCCAUGUCCAGAUGUGUGUCCAAUGUAACCAGUGCUCUGGUUGAGAAAGCCUCCCAGUUCAUCACAUUUAACAGAGACACUGCCAUCAGAGAGCAGACGUCCCAGGAGUUCCAGAGGGUGGCGGGAUUGACAGGAGUCCUGGGAGUGCUGGACUGCGUUCAGGUCUCCAUCAAAGCUCCGAACAGCGAAGACUCGUCGUACGUGAACAAGAAGGGCUUCCACUCCAUCGGCUGUCAGAUAGUAUGUGAUGCCAGGGGCUUGUUGCUCAGCGCCGAAACUCACUGGCCCGGCGGGCUCAAAGGCGUGGAGGUUUUGGAGAGAUCUGCCCUUUACAAACAACUACAGGAAACCCAGGAGGGUUAUUUGCUGGGUGACAGCCGUUAUCCCCUGAAGACCUGGUUGAUGACCCCAGUGGCGUGUCCACAAACCCCUGCAGAGUUUGAAUAUAAUCUUGCUCACGCAGCGACUCACGAAAUAGUGGACAGAACGUUUAGAGCCAUCCAGACCAGAUUCAGAUGUUUAGAUGGCACCAAAGGAUACUUGCAGUACUCGCCCGAGAGGAGCUCGUCCAUCGUGUUGGCCUGUUGUGUCCUCCACAACGCCUCACUGCAGUCGGGAUUGGACGCUUGGACUCUGGAGAGGACGGACCCUCUGGAGCAGCCCGAACCUCUGGAGCAGAGACCCGAGGACCGUGACGUCCAGGCGGAGGAGAUGCGUCAACAGCUCAUCCUCAAACACCCCAGCUGAUGCGUGCUUGGACUCGCACGAGACGGACACAGACGUUCUAUUCGGAGCAAGCAAGUCCACAGACACGGUGUUGCUGAUGCAGAUUUUUAAUAUUUUGCUGGUUUCUACUCUACGGACUAGACUACGAUAACAUAGGAAUAUAAGGAAGAACAUGCAAGACGCUGUACAGCAAACCCAAACAACAACAAUCUUUUGUGGAAAUUGCUUGAUUGAUUUUCUCCUCAAGCAUUUGUGAGCCCGCUGUCCCAAAUAUUUAGCUUCAUUGUUGCCCAAGUUUUGGGAAAAGCGACCCAACCUCUCCAUCCAUCUCCCUAAAACCACCGCUUGGGCUCAUAUUUACAACAGCACAUGAUCUAUACUGUAUGUACACUGAUUUAUGGACACUGCUGAGGCACCCGGGACAAGAGGACAUGUUGUGACUAGACCAGUGGUUCUUAACCAGGGUUCGUUCGAACCCUAGGGGUUCGGUGAGUCGGCCUCAGGGGUUCGGCGGAAGUCAAGACACACCCGACUCAUCGUGUAAAUACAAACUUCUCCCUAUCGGCGUAUUACGGAUACGGCAACAGCUUACUGGCUUGCAGGUGUGUAAUUUGUUGUGAGUUUAUGCACUGUGUUGGUUUUGUUCUUUGAACAAGGUGAUGUUCAUGCAGGGUUCAUUUUAUGCACCAGUAAAAAAAACAUGGUAACACUUUAGUAUGGGUAACAUAUUCACCAUUAAUUACUUGCUUAUUAACAUGCAAAUUAGUAACAUAUUGGCUCUUAACUAGUCAUUAUUAAGUACUUAUUAAUGCCUUAUUCUGCAUGGCCUUAUUAUAACCCUAACCCCCUGACCCUAACCCUAACCAAAUAACUCUAAAUUAAGUCUUUAUUACUUAGAAUAUGUUCCCCUAGUGUCCAAAUAACUCUAAAUUAAGUCUUUGUUACUUAGAAUAUGUUCCCCUAGUGUCCAAAUAACUCUAAAUUAAGUCUUUGUUACUUAGAAUAUGUUCCCCUAGUGUCCAAAAAACUCUAAAUUAAGUCUGUUACUUAGAAUAUGUUCCCCAUACUAAAGUGUUACCAAAAACAUAUAACUUUGUCUUGAAUUUGAGAAAAAAAACCAUUUUAUUUUUCACUGAAGAAGGGUUCGGUGAAUGUGCAUAUGAAACUGGUGGGGUUCGGUACCUCCAACAAGGUUAAGGACCACUGGACUAGACCAAACCAAAUACAACCAGAGACAGGUCUGUUCAUUGUGGUGUUUGGGGGACAUAGAUCUUUAGAGCACACUGAAAUGUUUACAUUUAUUCUCAACCCCGAGAGGGACAAGUGGUAGAAAAUGGAUGGAUGAUCAGAGCAAUGGUGGAGGUAAUUAUUACCCACCUGAAGUAGGGCUUUUUUUUUUUGUAAUUCAUCAAUAUACAUGCUCUUUCUACAGACAUAAAAAAACAGAAGAUACAUUACUGUCGCACAAGAAUUAUUUGACAUUAAACUUAAAUGUCACAAUCUAGUUAGGUUGUGGAAAUUUGGGUCAAUGUCGAAUACUUUUGCUGUGACUUCAAUGUGUCUUUCAUAUUAAGGAUUUCUUUUUUGUGCGAUAAAACAGAAUUCGGGGAAAAACGACACAAACCCCCAGUUUGACGCUCACAAAACAGCACUUGAAUUACACACCACCAACGGUCAACACAACAUGUCAUUGUUUUAUGCAACAAAAAAGCAAAUUAGCUCUUUCUUUAUGCUUGCAAUAUAUUACGAACCGAUGUAAUUUUUGUCUCUUUUACAUUAUUUAAAAAAACAAGACAAUACAAACUAAUGUUAAAAUCAGUACACAUGUAUUUUUUUUUGUUGCAUAAUUUAAAUAUGCUUGAUUUUGAUGCUGCAAAUAUAUUAUAUAUACAUUUUUGAACUCCAUAAAAAUACAUGUAUGUCACGUUUCCCACCGUCUGUCAGAUAUCUCUAAUAAGAAAAUAAGGUUGUAAUUUUUGAAUUCAAGUUGAGUAGACCUCACACAUAGAUGAACUGGUCUGUUAAAAUGCUCUAAUCCUUAGAGGGGUUAUUUGGUUGUCUCCCUAAGCCUUUUAUUUAAGGCCAAGUGGUCAAACGCAAGUGGAAGGCACUUAAAUGACUUCCUGUGUAGAAGGACACCAACAUGCCUCGUUUAAAACAUGUUGGUGGGUGUCAGUGGAAUGCACAAGUUGAAAUAAAAAAAAACCCACAGUGGAGGUCCAUACGUGCUUGCAUGAAUGAGAUCUGUGAUGUCAUUCACUUCAACUCAAAGUUACAUUAUCAUAAUAAAUACGGGCAGGUAAACUUUGUGUAAGGAGUGGCUGCAAUGAAGUUUGAGGGGGCGGCUAUUGCAGUCGGUAUCUUCUGGGAUGUGACGGGAAUGAUGCUUCAGGUUGUCUGUCAGAAGAAUUCUGAAACCUCCUUUGGUUUCGUUUCUCUGGGGAGGAAAAGUAGACAUCAAUGUCAGUAGUGGUGGUUUGUGUACACCCGUCAUGGGUUUUUAGGCCCUUAAGGACUUAUAUCAUGGAUGUCAAGCUCGUUUUGAGGGCCACAUCGCAGUUGUGGCUGCCCUAAGAGGGUCACUUGUGACAGUAAAUAUUAGAGAUGUCCGAUAAUAUCUGACCGCCGAUAUUAUCGGCCGAUAAAUGCUUUAAAAUGUAAUAUCGGAAAUUAUCAGUAUCUGUUUCAAAAAGUAAAAUUUAUGACUAAAACGCAGCUGUACGGAGGAGUGGUACACGGACGUAGGGAGAAGUACAGAGCGCCAAUAAACCUUAAAGGCACUGCCUUUGCGUGCCGGCCCAGUCACAUAAUAUCUACGGCUUUUCACUCACACAAGUGAAUGAAAUGCAUACUUGGUCAACAGCCAUACAGGUCACACUGAGGGUAGCCGUAUAAACUACUUUAACACUGUUACAAAUAUGCGCCACACUAUGAACCCACACCAAACAAGAAUGACAAACACAUUUCGGGAGAACAUCCGCACCGUAACACAACAUAAACACAACAGAACAAAUACCCAGAACCCCUUUGCAGCACUAACUCUUCCGGGUCGCUACAAUAUACACCCCCCAUCUCCCCCCGCCCCCGCCCACCUCAACCUCCUCAUGCUCUCUCAGGGAGAGCAUGUCCCAAAAUCCAAGCUGCUGUUUUGAGGCACGUUAAAAAAAAAAAGCACUUUGUGACUUGAAUAAUAAAUAUAGCAGUGCCAUGUUGGCAUUUUUUUCCAUAACUUGAGUUGAUUUAUUUUGGAAAACCUUGUUACAUUGUUUAAUGCAUCCAGCGGGGCAUCACAACAAAAUUAGGCACAAUAACGUGUUAAUUCCACGACUGUAUAUAUCGGUAUCGGUUGAUAUCGGAAUCGGUAAUUAAGAGUUGGACAAUAUCGGAAUAUCGGAUAUCGGCAAAAAAGCCAUUAUCGGACAUCUCUAGUAAAUAUGUAUGAAUAUUAAUGUAUAAUUGCCUAAUGAUAUUAAUACUAAUUGCCAAUGUAUUUGAUUACAUUUGUUUUAUGUACAAAUUGAUGGAUUUGUAUUUAUUCCAAUUCUAAAUCGAUUUACAAUUUUGAGAAUUGACAAAAAAAUAGAAUUUUUUGGGCAAUUUUUUCUGUUAAAUACAUUUUUAAAGACGCUUGUAUAAGCCAUACGUCAGCAGCAAAGAGGAGCUUUUGUAACUUAUAACCUGUUUUAAAAAGGCUGUAUUAUAAUUAAUAUACCUGGUAUAAUAUAUCACGAGAAUCGUGCCGAAUCGGGAAUCCAUUCUGAAUCAAAUCGUGAGCUGCCCAAAGAUUCCCACUUCUCGAUAUAUGUAUAGUAUUUAUUUUUAUAUUAACAAAUGUUUGUAAUAUAUGCUAAUAUAAUGUGUUGCAUGAGCAGAUAAUACUUUUAAAAUACAUGGACUUACAUGCAGCACAUGCACAUUUUUCUGUCAAAAUAAAAAUAAAAAAAAAUUUAGUAACGAGUGUGGCUUUAUUGAUGCACAUUAUUUCCAAGGUUUUGCAGGCCACAUAAAAAUAUGUGGCCUUGAGUUUGACACCUGUGAUUUAUAUUAACGGAUACUUUCCCA